UCAACCUGCGGAACACGGAAGUGACAGCUAGACGCGGUUGUAACUUAUAUAUAUAUCAGUGAUUUAUUACUUAUAUCAUUACAAUGAAGGGACUAACCAGUUAACGAAGCCAGUAAAUCAAUAAACAUAACCUAACGGACGUCCUUGUUCACUUUGCGACGAACUUAGUUGGACUAAUGGCGCUCAUAACUGAGAAACUAACGAUGGAUUAUUCGCUUUUCAUAGCUGUGUUUCUUGUAAGUUCCUCUGUGGCUUUAGCGGCCGAGCGGCCUCACGUCGUCUUCAUCCUGGCGGACGACUUCGGUUGGAACGAUGUCGGUUAUCACAACUCUGAGAUCAGCACGCCGAACCUGGACAAGCUGUCUGCAGCAGGAGUCCGCCUGGAGAACUACUACGUCCAGCCUCUGUGUACGCCCUCCAGGAACCAGCUCAUGACCGGGAGGUACCAGAUCCACACGGGCAUGCAGCAUCAGAUCAUCUGGCCCUGUCAGCCCUACUGUGUGCCUCUGGAUGAGAAACUGCUGCCCCAGUGGAUGAAGGAGGCGGGGUACGCCACACACAUGGUGGGCAAGUGGCACCUGGGCAUGUACAAGAAGGACUGCCUGCCCACGCGCCGCGGCUUCGACACAUACUUUGGCUACCUGUUGGGCGCCGAGGAUUACUUCACUCAUGUCCACUGUGCUGCCAUCUCUGCUCUGAACCUCACUCGCUGUGCGUUGGACCUGCGAGAAGGAGAAGAGGUCACCGCCGAGUACACAGGAGUUUAUUCCACCGAGUUGUUCAGCCAGAGGGCCUCCAGUAUUAUUGAAAACCACAACUCCAGCAAGUCGCUCUUCCUCUACGUGGCGCUGCAAGCCGUCCACGAUCCCCUGCAGGUGCCCGAGCGCUACGUGGCCCCCUACAGUUUCAUCAAAGACCGCAAUCGCAGGCUGUAUGCCGGCAUGGUGUCGGCCAUGGACGAGGCGGUGGGCAACAUCACUCUGGCUCUGCAGCAGGGAGGACUUUGGGACAACACGAUCCUGGUGUUCUCAACGGAUAACGGCGGUCAGACGCGGAGCGGUGGCAGCAACUGGCCUCUGCGAGGCAGGAAGUGGUCGCUGUGGGAAGGAGGGAUCCGGGGAGUCGGAUUCGUCGCCAGCCCGCUGCUGAAGCAACCCGGGACCGUCAGCCACCAACUCAUCCACGUCUCCGAUUGGCUGCCGACUCUGGUCGGCCUGGCGGGAGGCAGCACCAACGCCACGAAGCCGCUGGACGGAUUCAACGUGUGGUACACAAUCAGUAAUGGGGUUCCCUCACCCAGACUGGAGCUGCUGCACAACAUCGACCCUCUGUACGUUGACAUCGCUCCAUGUCCUGGCACCGGGCGUCCGGUAACUUUGGCUCAGGCGGUCAGCGGAGGCUCGUGGGCCAACUCUGGCUUCAAUGUGUCCAUUCACGCGGCCAUUCGAUCCUCCAACUGGAAGCUGCUGACUGGCUACCCGGGUUGUGACGUUUGGUUCCCGCGGCCCGGCCACAACAGCUCGGAGUCCGGCCCGUCCCGAGCGGAUCCGCUGAAGUCCGUGAUGCUGUUUGACGUAGAAAAAGAUCCAGAGGAGAGGAACGACUUAUCCGCCACCUUCCCAGCAGUCGUGGAGUAUCUCCUCAGGAGGCUCCAUCAACACCAGAAAAGCGCUUUGCCGAUAAACUUCCCCGACGAGGACCCCAGAUGUGACCCGGGCCCCACGGGGGCCUGGGGGCCCUGGGCUUAAACAGCCAUGAGGUUGUUUACGGUGAACUACAGCAGCAGUAAUCUCUUCUGUGGAGAAGAACAGGGACAUGUUGUACUCUGUGAUGAUUCUUUAUCCUUCCAGCAGCCAGCGGAUAGCCUCGGUCGCUAACCGACUGACAGAUGCUCUCGUUAUUGUCGAUGUGCUCUGAGAUGCUUACGGAGGUUUAGUUGAAGCGAUUGCGUAAACGCUGUCAGCUACACAUGUUGCUGAUCUGUAAAGACUAUACCUCCCUGCUGCUGCAGGUAUUUGCACUUCAUUUAUCUACUGUUGAGAAGCCGCAGGCUCCUUUGUGGUGUCUUUUUGGAGCUUUUUAAGGAUCGAACAGGAGAGAACAUAGCGUUCCAGAAAGCAGAUAACGUUGAUUUUAGACAGAUUUUAACAUUUCAAACCGCACUAAUCAAUAUUGUUUGUUGACAAUGCAUACAAUGAUUACAUGUAAUGUGAAAGGAGGAGAGAAGUGGCAAACUCGCAGAGAAUUACCGUCAGACUCCCCUCAGCUCUGCAGACUGUUUUAGCAUCUUUUAGCUCAUUGUUUUGGUUCAGUCUCACAGCUCUCAUAUCAGACGACCAAAGCUACUAACUAGUGGAGCAUUUAGCCGCACAAGAGCCAGACAUUUCCCUCAGGAGUUUGUAUCUUCAAAGAUAUAAAUAUGUUUUAUUAUUUCAGAGACGUCUUAUUGAAAUGAAAUGACAAAUGAAACAAAUGUUUAAAUCUACAUAUUCUUUGACAGACUGUUAAACCUAACUCUGCUAUUCUUUGUCGAUGGAAGGAAUACAACUUAAGUUGCUGCGCAGUUUGUGAAAAUAUAAAACUUGGACUUCCAUUAGAUCAUGAAAAUAUCUUUUUAAAUAUGUAACCAGCUGCCGGAGAAGAUUUAUCUUCUUAGGGAACUAUAUGUGACCAACUCACAGAGUAAUGUUCAAGAUAAAAAGAGCCAAAACAAAACGUGCUUCUUAUCCGCUGGAUGUGUAAAUAAGCAACUGUUUGCUGACAUCAUCUUUAUGAGUUGAUAAUAUGUCAAUGUUUUGUUUAACUGGUUUUGUUGCCUCUACAGUAUUAUUGCAGGGUGAAAACAUGUUGCUUUAAAUUAACUGCGCUCUACUUUCUUUGUUUUUUUUAUUAAUUGUACACACUAUUCGUGAGCGCCUAUUUGCCAAAGAUCAAGAUGUGUUACCAAUUUAUGUGUUUUGUUCAGAAAACAAAAUAUUAAAAAGUUGAAAAUGUUUGUAAAACAAACUGAAACUGUGAUUCUGUUACAGUCCAGUUAUUUCUUUGGGUUACUUGUUUCCCUCCAGUUGUUAACGAGUCG